CGAUCCUGUCCUGGGCAGCAUUGUUGGCGACCUACAUGCUGUCGUGAUUUCCCUAAUGAUAAUAAAGGAUUUUUUUUUUUACUUUUUUGUUCAUUGAAUCGAUGAAAAUCAUUCUGCCUGGUGACUGUUGCUAACCUUUCUACUUGAGCACAGCGCGCAGCCAGAUCUCUUCAAACUCACGUCCCCUCCCCUCCCCUCCCCUUCUUCUCUUCGACAAAGAAUAAUGACCAAAUCAAAAUCAAAGGGGAAAUCGAAAUCCGGAACCGCAUCGACUUCAGGAGCAAAAGCCGGUCCGUCAAAGGACACGUCAAUCGCAGGCUCGACUGCGACAUUAGCCUCCAACAAAGACACGAUUGGGAGCAGCAUCAGCAGCAUCAGCAGCAUCAGCAGUAGUAUCAGCGGCAUCAGUAGCAGCAGCAGCAGCAGCAAGAACGACCCUAAGAACAGUAUACCGCCACCGGUACCAUCCAUACCACGGAUCGACUAUAUUGGUUAUGAAUCCGAACAUCAACUCCAGGGCAUGGUCAGCCUGAUUGAGAAUGACCUCUCGGAGCCGUAUUCGAUCUACACCUAUCGCUAUUUCUUGCAUCAGUGGCCCAAGCUCUCCUUUCUGGCAAUGGAUAAGGAUAAGGACAAGUGCAUUGGCGUAAUUGUCUGUAGACUCGAGCCUCACGGCCGCAUGAAAUCUAACCGUGGUUAUAUCGCCAUGCUGGCCAUUUCAAAAGAAUACCGCAAACGCCGGAUCGGAUCGACCCUGGUUCUAAUGGCUAUCGAGGCCAUGAAGAAGGCUGGAGCCGAUGAGAUUGUGCUGGAGACAGAGUACACGAACACGAACGCGAUCGCAUUGUAUCUGCAGAUGGGAUUCAUCAAGGACAAGCGACUUUACCGAUACUAUCUCAACGGCAUUGAUGCUUUCAGACUAAAACUGUUUUGCAAACCAGAACUCGAGGGCGCUGACAGGGCAUCCCACGAGAGCAACGUGGCACCAUGAAUCAACCGCUUUGCCAAGUAGUCCAUCCGUCUUCAAACUAAUAUAGCAAAAGUCAGCCUGUACUUGCAAGCGUGCAGCCAUAUACACUGCCCAAGUGAAGAGUAAAAAAGUAU